AUGACGACAAGCGGGAUUCUCGGGGAGAGAUCCAUCAAUCAGAUGGCGGACAGUGCGCAGCCAGGAGCAAGUGAUGGGGCCAAGAGCGGCAAAGGGGCGCCUUUGGGCUUCCGCGCGCCAUCAGCAUUACCGGCAAAGCUGGGCAAAGAUGCUUCUGAGCAGUCCGAAGUCAUCUCGAGAACGCCUAGUCGCAAGACCAGCGCCCCGCCUAUGGAGCGUUUCGACUCCUUGCAGGACCUUCUCAGUAAAGCCGGUUACAAAGAGACUAGAAUCUUCACUCCUCAGCAUGAUUCCGCUGCUGCAAGCGCUGCAUCGCCAGCUCGCUCCAUCGCUGUCGCAUCGACGGCGUCUACGAGCAAGUCGGAGGAUAGAGCUACCUCCGCUGCUGAAAGGAGACUAGCUGUUGCUGGCAAUGAACAGUCAGGUAACAAAAGGCAGCCUCGGCCCUUGGUCAAGAAGACGAGCUCAUUAGGUCAAAUUGCGGGAGGAUGGCUUGCCUCAUUCUGGAUAGGAGCUGAAAGUGACAAGCAGGAGGAGGACCCGCUGCCAACGGAAGACGCUCCUACGGUUCAGCAUCAGGCAUUGCCUGAAAAUGAAAGCCAAUCCGAAAGCAGGUGCUGCGCUGCUCCCGAGAGCGAGAGGCAUGCCGCCGCCGCUAACUCCAGCAACAGUACGGACGCUAGCUCCGCACCCUCGUCGACCAGUCGACCCUCGACUCCCAGCAAGACCCGAGCUCAUUUGGUCUCCACACCUCGAACACGUUCUCGCCAAGGCUCAGUGCACGCUAGUCCGAGGCGCACUGCAAGCGCUUUGCCUGCAAGUCCAAGAAGAACAAAGACGAGCUCGAGCAAGCUGAGCUCGCUUUGGAGUGCUUCGAUGCGCUAUAGAGGUCAUACCGCCGGAGCACCUUCCACUUCUAGCAAUUCUCGGUCUGUGCCAUCUCGACUGAGAGCUGGUGCCGGUGCGGAUGCAGCGGCUCGAGCACUCGGUGGAAUUGGUGCAUCUAGGAGCAAGCAGCGCAAAAGUCUCGUAGCCGCUUUUGGUCUCCAAGGUGAAGAUGAAGUCGAGGAUCCUGCUCAGACCGGAGCGAACGAGAAGGGCAAGACGAGUAGCGAGAUCAGAAAGCUGCAUCAACAAAGGCGAGCCAAAGAAGAAUGGCGCGAGAGCGUCAGCAGUCUUUCGGCGUUUGCAGAGGCUCGCUCGCGCUCCAACAGCCUUCAAGGCAGUCAUGCGCCAAAAAGUCGCGGCUCUUCCACACCAGUGCCGCGACUUGAGGAGCACGAGACCAGAGAUGAUGCACUUUCGCAGGCCGAAGGAGGUGCACGCAAGAGCCUGGCUGAGCUGUUUGCUCUACCUGCAAAUCCCGUUGUGAGCCGAGAUGACGCAGUCGUGCUGCGCUCCGAUGGCUGUUUGUGGCCAGCUGGUGUCGGUAUGCGACGCAUGCGUAGCGUCGAAGCUCUCAGGCAAGCCGCUGCUCGAAUGCAGAGUGGAUCCAAGUCAAGCUCUAACCUUCGUCAGACCGAACGCCCACUGGCUCCUACCACCGAGCAAGAGGAGGCCGAGCAGCAAGUCAUCGCUACUGACUUUCGCAUUGUCUUCUCGGACGGAGCUGCCAUGCUGGAGCCUAUCAUACCCUCUGCCGCGCUUACUGCCCGCAAACAGUACACGACAACUACUAGCGGUCAAGACACCCUCGCCGUCUCCGAGGCGCCGCAGCAAAGCUUCUCAGAGGAGGAAGACGAUGGGUCUUCUGCGGUGGGCUCUGACACCGACGGUCCACCGGUCCUUCUCGUGACCAGUCCUACAGGCGCUUCAGGUGCUCAGCCAAUCGAUCUUGGCGCAGCGGAGCUCCAGCCCACCGAUUACAGUCCGCAAGCCACGGUCAGAGUCAUGACGAAAAAGCAAUAUCUCGAGAGACGAGCCGUAGCGAACUCUAUGCGAAGGAGCCGCGAUAGCGACAGCGAGUCCUCCAAACCUACCUCUUCGGGCCAAGCGAGGCCACGAUCGAAGACGCGAAGGGGCAGGAGGCGUUCCAAGAGCCCAGCAGCGAGCAGCGAUGCCCCGGAAACUGCGAGCGAGGACAAUUUGACCACCCCGAAGCCUAGCUUCAAAUCGGGACGUCGUCGUGUGGCUCCCUUCAAGCCGUCCACAUCUAUCGACGCGAGCCCCAACGCCGCGCCGCUGCCCAGUCUUGCCGCUGUGGCCUCAUCUGCGAUCGGCCUUGGCCGUGACGUGACCUCGACUUCUUCUUCCAGCGUCAUCUCCCCCUCGCGUCGUCGCAGCGCAGAGCGCGAGCAAAUGUCGGGCAGAUCAGCGCGCUCGCGUGCUUCCGGCCACGCAGACGACGACCCGUUCACGACGACAGAAGGAGCAUCCACUGUCUUGUCUCGACCGACCUCACAGCUGCCAAGGCUCGUCCAGCACAAGUCGCGCUCAUCCCAUAACCUCUCCAACACAGCGAACAAGUCGAACGAGAAGUCAAAGAGCUUUGUCACGGUAGGAAGAUCGGCAGGUCGAGCUACAGUUCUUGCUACAGCUGCUGCUGCUGCCGACCAUGACGAGGCUUUCACCUCCCGCAAAGAAGCGACGGCUUUGCAGAUGUCUGCUGCUGAAGAGGCAGGACGCGCCGUCGUGGACUCUCCCAGCAAUCGUUUGGCCCAUCGUAAAUCUCAUCGCAACCUGCGCUCUGCCGCGCGUGGUGCACCUUGA